UAAAAAAAUCACACGGGAACCCACACGCGUUCAGGCCGACCAGCGGAGCGGAUCGCGCGGAGCGCUGCCCGUCCCACACGCGACUGGAUCUGUUUUGUUGCUGUUAUAUGUCUUUGGCGGCGGAGCCCGGGCUCCACUUGACAUCUGAGCGAGCGAGCGAGCGAGGCAGCGAGCGAGCAUCUCAACUCGCCCGGUGCAUGCCAUGGCCGAGAUCGGGGGCUUUCUGGGAACGCUCGACUUGGAUUUACACGCCGGCGGCGGCUUGUCCACGCUCGCGAGCGUCCCCGUGCCCGAGCCGCCGUUGGGGCUGAUGGAGAGGUUGGGACAGAUCGAGGGACGGUUGCACCGCGGCUCUCUCACGGAUUUCGACCACCUGAAAGGGAUCCUGCGGCGGCGGCAGCUCUACUGCCGGACGGGCUUCCAUCUGGAGAUAUUCCCGAACGCCACGGUGCAGGGCACCCGGCAGGACCACAGCAGAUUCGGGAUCCUUGAGUUCAUCAGCCUGGCAGUGGGAUUGGUCAGCAUCCGUGGAGUGGAUGCGGGAUUAUAUCUAGGGAUGAAUGAGAAAGGCGAGCUCUAUGGGUCGAAGAAGCUGACAGCAGAGUGUGUCUUCAGGGAGCAGUUUGAGGAGAACUGGUAUAACACAUAUGCCUCCACGCUGUACAAGCACGCAGACACAGGCCGCUACUACUACGUGGCCCUGAACAAGGAUGGUUCCCCCAGGGAGGGGGCGAGGACUAAAAAGCACCAGAAGCAGACCCACUUCCUGCCACGGCCUGUGGAGCUGGAGAAGAUCCCACAGGCAUACAGGGACCUGUUUCAGGACAGGUAA